AUGAAUGCGUGUGCUACUAAAAAGAGAAAAAUCUCGCCAAACGUUGCGGACGCAACUAAUUCAUCAUCAAAAAGUAUCAACUAUAGUGCUGAAGCAGAUAUUUCCUCUCCAACAAACUCCAACAUCAAGCAAAUACCGUUUAUUGAUGAUAUUAUUUUUGAAAUUCUUCGUUUCCUUGUAUCAUUAUUCAUCGUCCGAGUUUGUAUGAAAAUUUCAAAACAAUGGAGACGAGUAUCGUUUCGAAUUCCGCUCUCAUUAUCAUUAGAGUCAAAACUCUCCAAACAAGUUCGUGAGCCAAUCAAACUUUUAGCUGAUUGUGAAUGCCUGAAGAAUUUACAUUAUUUGGGUAUUAAUUUUUCCAGAGUUGGUAACCAAGAUGUCAAAUAUAUUGCCCAUAGUGAAUAUUUGAAGACCUUGACUUCGUUGAGCCUGUAUGGCAAUCAAAUCGGCAAUGAAGGCGCCAAAUGUAUUGCUAAUAGUGAGCGUUUGAAAAAUUUGACUUCUUUGAAUAUGAAUGGCAACCAAGUUGAUAAUGAAGGCAUUAAUUAUAUCGCUAAUAGUGAAUUUUUGAAGAAUUUAAUAUAUUUAGAUCUGUCCUACAACAAAAUUGGCCAUGAAGGUGUCAAAUGUAUUGCCAAUAGUGAGUGCUUGAAGAAUUUGACUUCUUUAGAUUUGAGGGGCAAUAGUAUUGACAUAGAAGGAGUUAAAUAUAUUGCCAAUGGUGAAUUGUUGAAGAAUUUGACUUCGUUAGAUCUGAGUUUCAAUUUAAUUGACAAUGAAGGCGUCAAAUAUAUUGCAAAAAGUGAAUGUUUGAAAAAUUUGACUUCGUUAGAUCUGAGUGGCAACCAAAUUGGCAACGAAGGAGUCAUACAUAUUUCCAAUAGUGAAUGGUUGAAGAAUUUGACUUGUCUAAAUCUGGAAUUCAAUCAAAUCGGCAAUGAAGGUGUCAAAUAUAUUGCCAAUAGUGAGUGUUUGAAGAAUUUGACUUCAUUGAACCUUCAAGGCAAUCAAAUUGACAAUGUUCGAAACAUUCUGCGAAAUUUAAACGAUUGGAAAUAG